AUUCAUAUGAACGGUAGAUCUGAUUCUGAUAAGUGGGACACACUUAAAGACUUGUUGGAUGGUAUUUUCAGUGGCUGUGGGGGUAAAGGUGAUGUAAAUAAAGAUUCUGAAGUUAACCUUGGACCUACCAAAAGACCAAGGACGACUAAGCGCGAUACUUACAACAAUUGUAUCGGGAGUAUUCAUAUGGAACCAGUCACCAACAAUUAUAACGGCCUUGUUCCCAAACAUUCAAAAUAUUAAGAGACAGAAUUGCCAA